AUGAACACGUGGCCGAAGCUGGACGUGGUCGCUAUUAACACGAAGCUGGACAUCGCUCACCGUCUGGCCGUCGAGGGCUACGUGGGCCAGAUGAAGAGAACCAACGGAGUCCUCAGACACCACACCCAGCUCGUAGAAGUGCCGUUCCCGGACGGCACGUUCCCGUGGGGCCAGAGCGUUCCCGGCCCGCAGGCCGGGGAACUCGUCGAGCUCAAGCCCCUCUCUUCGUUUGACGCAGCGCACGCCCUCAGUGCGGAGGAGCCCUACGCAUACGUCCGCAGAUAUUACCCGGGCACAGAUGUCCCUGCAGAGGUCGCAGAAGCGAAGCACGCGUUGCACGGACCUGGACUUGCGCUAGUCAAGCGACAUAACUCUCCGCAGACACUCGAGCAUGUAUAA